AUGGCCAAUCAUCUCAGACCUUUGUUCAUAACAGCAAACUUCGGGGGUGUUCCUAUUCCCAAGACACAUGGAAUACUAGAUGUGGAUGUCAUAGUAGGAACCAAGAAGCUGAAAAUUGCAUUUUUCGUGGUAGACACCACUUCUACCACUUACAAUGCAUUGCUUAGCAGAGAAUGGAUCCACCAGAGUCUAUAUGUUCCUUCCACUCUACACCAGCAAUUGGCCCUCUGGCAUGAAGAGGGUUUUAUGGAAAUUGUGAAGGCCGACCCACAACCAUUUCUGCCAUAUGCAUUAUGUUUUGAGGCCAGGUAUUAUCAUGAUGACCUCGGUCCUUUCACUUUCUUUGGAGUUAACCAGAACGACCGUCCCCAUGGAGUCGCGGCCCAGAAACUCAUUGAAGAAUGUAUGGCUAGUUCUCUAGAGGAUUGGAACAGACCCUGCGUUCUCAACCUUCACAUACUUAAGAGAAAAACAGGGGCAGUCAGAAUAUGUGUGGACUACAGAAAUCUGAAUGAAGCAUCUCUCAAAGACGAGUAUCCAAUGCCUAUGGCAGACAUGUUGGUAGACGGAGCUGCUCAUAACCAAAUGUUGUCAUUCAUGGAUGGCAAUGCAGGAUAUAAUCAAAUAAUGGUGGUAGAAGAAGACAUCCAAAAGACAGCCUUCAUGCAUCCAGGACAUAUAGGUGCUUUUGAAUACACUGUAAUGCCUUUUGGCUUGAGAAAUGCAGGAGCCACAUAUCAAAGAGCAAUGAAUUCAGUUUUCCAUGACAUGAUAGAAGUAUCCAUUGGGAGUCUGCAAGUUCAAGAUAACAAGGAAGGGAAGGAGCAGAUAGUUUAUUACUUGACCAAAACUCUGACAGAGUUUACUGCUAUAAAACUCAGACAUUACAUGAUACCUUUCACCACUUAUAUCAUUGCCAAGACAGAUUUGAUCAAGUACAUGCUAACAAGGUCAAUGUUGAGAGGGAGAAUUGGUAAAUGGACUCUGGCCGUGUUAGAAUUUGCCUCCAGAUAUGUCCCUCAGAAGUCCAUCAAGGGACAAGCUGUUGCAGAUUUCUUGGCAGACCAUCCAGGAGAAGAAAUUGAGAACAUGGAUUCCAUGGAUAUAGCCAAUGCAGACCUGCUAACUAGAGCUCAAACCUGUCUCAAUAAUCCCAUUUAUUCAGUCCAUCUCACCCCUCGGAAGCUAUACUUUGGUGGAUCUAAAACAAACUCAGCCUCUGGGGCAGGAAUUGUUUUAGAAGAUCUACUAGGAAUCAAACAUUGUUAUUCAUUCAAGCUAGAUUUCCAGUGCACCAACAACAAGGCAGAGUACGAAGCUUUAAUCAUAGGGGUAGAAAUGCUGGUGGAACUAGGAAUCCAAUCUAUCUAA